UUUUAACAUCAUGUUGAACUUCCGGUGUCAGUAAAGUAAAAGAUAAUCAUGGAUUUUUCCAAAAUCUGUGUUUUCUUUGGUCUUGCAGCAAUGUUACAUGCGGCAUACUCAGCUGCACAACAUAGGACUUACCUUCGAUUGACAGAGCAAGAAUUCACCACUUUACCUAUUGAUAUUAUAGUUCAGUGUUUUGUGGGACUGCUUUUGACUUGUUAUGGGGUUGUCCAUGUUGCUGGCUCUUUCAGAGAAAUCUGUGCCAGUGCAGAACUGGAAUCAAAGACUUGGGAUAUGUUAAGCAAUAGACAAGCCUUUUACUCCUUCUGUCAUAGAGGGAUGGCCAUCAAUUACAGAGAAGAUGAAAAUGAAGACAGCUGAUGAAGAUAUUAAGGCUGUGGAAAAAACACCACCAAGAAUGUUCUUGUAAAAUAAACUGAAUGUAAAGGACAAACAAAUGGAUCAGUUCCCUGAUCUCAUGGAAGAGUUUUGUGUAUUGUGAAUGAUGUGUUUAUGAAUGUUUCUUCGUGAAAUUUUUUUUCUUUCUUUUCAUGAAUGCAUGCUUUGUUGUUUGACUGGAAUAACAUGCAUUCAUUUUUUCCCAUCUGGUGCAUUUUUUAUAAAGGUAUACAGUGUACAGUAUUUAACUUUGUACAUAUUUUAAGAAAAAUUUGUUUUAGGAAGUUUUUUGGAGUGUUCCAAAAAAAAAAAUCAUAUGACAUUUCAAAAUGUUUUUAUGCCCCUCUAAUGGAGAUUGGGGGGCAUAUAGUUUUUGGUCUUUCUGUCUGUCUGCAAGAACUUUAACCUUGAAUGGUUGAUGCUAGGGCUUUCAUAUUUCACAUGUGUAUUCAUUGUGACAAGACCUUUCUUUGAGUACCAUCUGACAUCAUUACCUUGUGCUUGGAGUUUGACCUUCUUUUGUCUUAUUUUGGUAAAACAUUGAACUUGGACAUAACUUUUUAUUGGUUAAUGGCAGAGCUUUUUUAUUUUACAUGUAUAUUCCUUGUGACAAGACCUUUCUUUGAGAUCCUUGUGUAUCCAUGUUAAAAAUCCUUUCUUUGGGUACCAACAUUAUUGACUUUGGACUUUAACCUACUUUUGUAAAACUUUAACCUUGGUCAUAUCUUUUGAACAGUUGGUGCUAGAGCUUUCAUGUUACACUUUUGUAUUCCUUGUUACAAGACCUUUAACAUUUUUUACCCUCAUGACUUUGACCUUGGAGUUUGACCUACUUUUGAAAAAGGUGCCCUAUGGGGGCAUUGGUGUUUCACAAACACAUUUUCAUAUUAAUACAUAUGAUUUAUAACUGCUUAUACACUUUAAGGCAGUACAAAGUUUCUGUAAUUGUAUGUUACCAUCACCCACGCAUAUUUUUCAGUUUUUAUUUCGGUUUGCUUUUACUUUUAGAAUCUAAAAACUGCAUUCCAUAGGGAAAGACAAACAUUUGGGCCUUCUGUGAAGUAUAUUUGAGCUGAGUCUGUCAUUUGAACUGACAGAUUUACUGAAAAUGGACAUUAAACAAUAAGCCUACAUGAUGCACAAAUAUUUACAAUAUUUUAAUUCAUAUAAAUGAGUUAAUACUCAUUGGUUUGAAAUUUUUGUUCGUUUAAUUGUUUUCUCCCUCCCUCAUAGUUGUUGAAGUUUAAAGGUGAUGUUAAACAUAGAAUUAAUUUCAGCCACCAGCCUUAUAACAGUUUGUAAAGAAUUCUUGUAUAGAUCAGAAUGGUGUACAGAUAGGGCCUUUUGGUACAUUUCUUCUUUGGCCUGAGGGCAAGGAAGCAGCAACCAAAUUGUGACAACAUUAGGGAGCCAGAAAGGGAGUGGGAAUAAGCGAGGGUGUAAGGAGACAGAUCUGUGAGGUAGAAUGCAAGGGCAACCAAGAGAAAAUGCAAGGUUGACAAUGCAAGGUAGUGAAAAUGUGUGGGCAACCAAGUGAGAACACAAGAAGGGGGGAUGCAAGGGAGCAAGAAUGGGAGGGAAACAACAAUUGGAGAUAGACAUCACUGUUAUUUUGUAUCCUUUUUGUUUUUGCUUUGAAUUCAUCUCUCAGUUGUGUGUUGCUCUCACAUUCUCUGUCCAUCUAUAUGUCACCCUCAUGUUUUUUCCUUAGCCAAAGAGCAAAAAGGCCCUAUCAGAGCACCAUAGAACAAAGAGACUAUGUAUAUGUAACCUAAGCAUAUUGUGAAAUGUAUACAAGAAAAAAAAAAUAAAAUAUGUUCAGGAGUAAAGAAGAUUUUGAAGAUUG